AUGUGUACCGGUUCACAUCCUUUUCCUUCGGUAACAAUAGAACCCAAUGGUCAGAUUGAUGUGUCGAUUCUUUUCCAAAUCAAAUUUCAACAUCCUAUCGAAUAUAUCCUUGCGAUUAUCGCUACUAAACCUAUCUCAAUAGAGAAUAAUAUAGAUUUGAUAAUUAAUAAACGUCAAGUGUCCAUUACAGAAUCUGCACCAAUUCUUUUCAAUACACAAUCAGAACUUGAUGCUACAGUUUAUGCAGCAGAAGGUCAUACAUCGCAAGUUGAAUCCAUUGACGAAGAAGCCUUGGCAACAAAUUUCGAAGAUGAAGGAUACGAUUUAUUUGCUGAUAAGAUAUCCACCAAUACGCCAUGGUGUUUCGAUUCCGAGUACGUAGAAACAUCGAAUGCUACUGAAAAAAGAACACAAAGGCUUGAUUUACGAUGGUGCGCAUUUCAUUGCGGCGAGUGUGAUUGCGUUGAAUGCUAA